GGUGCUGUCACACAGCCAUGGCACUGUCCGCGGAGAUGGAGCUGUACAGCACCCCUGCCUCCAGGCUGGACUCCUUCGUGGCUCAGUGCCUGCAGCCCAGCCGGGAGUGGAAGGAAGAGGUGCUGGAGGCCGUGAAGACCGUGGAGCAGUCCCUGAGGGAGGAGCCCCUCGAGGGAGAGUGUGGGCUGGACCAGGAGGUGCGGGUGCUGAAGCUGGUGAAGGUGAGACCGGGCUUCUCCAUCCCAGGCCAGGGCGGGCACACCCAGCUUGAGGGUCCUUAUCUCGCAGAACCGCUGGUUUAUGGCCUCAGGUUUCCCUGGAAACACUCCUGUGAAUUAGCAGGAUCUCCAGGCACAGGCACUGGGCUUCCUAAGUCCGCCUCUCCCUUCGCUUCCUCUCCCCCAGGGCCUUCUGCUCCCCACUCGCAGCCGCCCCCCGAGGUCUAUGUGAACCUGGUGAAGGCCUGCCGGUACCCCGGGCAUCUCUCUCCUUCCUUCUGCGAGCUGCAGAGAGACUUCGUGAAGCACCGGCCCACCAAGCUGAAGAGCCUCCUGCGGCUGGUCAAACACUGGUUCCUGCAGUAUGUGAGGGCCAGGAGCCCCAGGGCCGCGCUGCCCCCUCUCUACGCCCUGGAGCUGCUGACCAUCUACGCCUGGGAAAUGGGCACGCAGGAGAAUGAGAGCUUCAGGUUGGACGAAGGCCUCACCACUGUGAUGGAACUCCUCCAGGACUAUGAGUCCCUUUGUAUCUACUGGACCAAGUACUACACAUUCCAGAACCCGAUCAUUGAGGACGUUGUCAGAAAACAGCUCCAACGAGAGAGGCCCAUCAUCCUGGACCCGGCUGACCCCACGUACAACGUGGCGGAAGGGUGCCGAUGGGACAUAGUGGCUCAGAGGGCCUGCCAGUGCCUGAAGCAGGACUGUUGCUAUGACAGCAAGGACAACCCGGUCUCCAGCUGGAACGUGAAGAGGGCACGAGACAUCCAGGUGACUGUGGAGCAGUGGGGCUGCCCAGAUUGGACCCUCAUGGUGAACCCUUAUACCUCCAUAAGGAAGGUCAAGGAGAAGAUCCAGCGGAGACAGUGCUGCGAGGGCCUGCAGCGUCUGUCCUUCCAGACUCCAAGCGGCGAGCGGAAGCUCCUCCGCAGCCGCAGCUCCCUGGCCGAGUUCGGGAUAUUCUCCGACACGCGCAUCUGCCUGCUGGAGACCAUCCCCCCGGAGAUCCAGGUCUUUGUGAGGAACCCGGAGGGUGGGAGCCACGCCUAUGCCGUCGACCCCAACAGCUUCGUGCUGGGCCUGAAGCAGCAGAUAGAAGACAAGCAGGGGCUGCUCAGGAAGCAGCAGGAGCUGCAGUUCGUAGGCCGGGUCCUGCAGGACUGGUCGGUUUUGGGGAGCUAUGGUAUCAAGGACAGCGACACCCUCAUCCUCUCCAAGAAGAAGGACACACAUUUCCCAUUUCUGCCCAGCUAGUUUCCUCUGGGGAGCCUCUCUGGGCGGUCCUGCAUCUAAUCCAGGACCCACCCUGUCAAUCACUCCUUCAGCCGCUGCUGAGGGGCCCAGGUCUCCUCCGGCCUUGUAAAGAGUUACCCCAGCCCUCCCUGCUGGGGAACGGGGAGGGUGUGAGCGAUUACAUAUACUGUGAGCAUAAAAUCAUUCAAACCUGUAAA